AAUGAGGUGAGUUCCUCUCGAGCUGACUGCGUCUCCACUAUGCAACAUACAAACUGAUGGAAAGUCUAUAGACGAGUGCGGUAAUAGUACACCGUUUAUUCUCCGCGCAUCGGCAGUUCUGAACUUCCAGCUCAACUCAACAUGUAAAGCGCGACGGGUGCCCAGACACAGACUGGUGCUGCUCAACUGUGAUCAACAUGAUUCCGCCAGCGAACAUGAUCCAGGAGGACAUGAUGGGCAAGGAGAGCGAACGGGAGGACCGUGAGCCCCAGUCACCCACAUCCAUCAGCCAGCACGAGUCAAAGCUGCAGAGGCUAAAGCGAUCACUAUCCUUCAAGACCAAGAGUCUUCGCAGCAAAAGUGCAGAUAAUUUUUUCCAGCGGCCGAUGGAGGAUGUGAAGUUUCAGACCGAACUGCUCUCUGAUGUCAGCAGCAGCACAGGUCAUCUGAGCACCAUCGGCAUGUCCGUCUCAGCGUCCCCAGCGAUGUCACUUCCUCCACCACCCCCUCCACUGCCCACCGUCAUCCCGGGCAACCUGCCCAUCACAAUCUGUUCUCCAUCCCGUGCCCCACGCCCAGCGGACCCCAACGCACACACGUUUCUAGAGCACAUCUUCAAAAAGCCCCAUUUCUGUGACGUCUGCAACCACAUGAUUGUAGCUUGCCAAGGGGGAGCAGGCAAGGUGUUCGGCACCAAUGCUAAGCUGGGCCUCCGGUGCAAAGCCUGCAAGAUGGGCAUCCACAACAAGUGCCUGGAUCGAGUUGGACAGCAGAGAUGCAUGGGGAAAUUGACCAGUGACGUGGCUCAGGUGCCAGAAGAAAAAGACGGCCCACAGCAGUCGAGCUCACUCACCAGGAAACCCAGUGACAACGGUAAGAUCCCUGUUCGAUUUUUUUGCACCAGUGGAGAAUGGACAGAACAUUUUCAUAUUGCUGAAAGGAAAACAGAAGAAUCACCUUCAAACCGAGAGCUGAAGAGGGACCCUCUGCAGCUCAGUACUUAUGUGGCUUUGUUUGAAUUUACCCCCCAAGACAACCAAGACCUAGAAAUGAGACCCGGAGAUCGAAUAAUCCUGGCAGAUGAUUCCAAUGAUGACUGGUGGAAGGGUGUGAUUGAAGAUAGAAUAGGUUAUUUCCCAGCAUCCUUUGCGCAUCAGGUGAGGGCGGGCGACAGGGUGUUCAGAUGUAACCGAACCUUCAUUGGCUGUAAGGAGCAAGGGCAGAUCAACCUGAAGGAGGGACAAAUUUGUGUCAGCGGUGAGGACGAACACAAUGGCUUCAUCAGAGUAGCGAGUGGGAAAAAGAGAGGAUUCGUGCCCUGUGAUGUCCUGGAGAAUAUAUGAAGUGAAAGAACAGAGAGAAGAGAUGGUUCAUUUAGAGAAAAGGAAAGACUUUCCAGCACUGUUUGAAUGAUCUAUGGAUCCACCUGUAGUGUGGGCAGACGCUGGAGGGCUCGUCAGGACUCUGUGUCUCCCUCAGUGACAGAAAGAAGAAUGGACAAUGAUUUCAAAGAGUAUUUGGACAUCUAAGUUGGACCUAAAAAUGUGUAUAUUUAAUCUCAUUUACUAACAAAACCAAACCAUCUGCAAACAAAUGCUGCCAGAGAACUAACGCUACUU